AUGGAACUGAUUCAUGCUGCAGGGUUGAUGAAGACUAUUGCUCACUUUGCCACAUGCUAUGAAGUGCUGGUGAAAGAAUUCAUUGUGAACCUCUCAGAAGAAUGUGCUGAUAGAAAGUCUAAGGAAUAUAGGAACGUGUAUAUGAGGGGCAGGUGUGUUACGUUUUCUUCCAUUGUGAUCAAUAACUAUUUUGGGAGGUCUGAUGAAGCUCAACCUGAACUGGAAGUCUUUGAUAACAAGGUAUGCAAAGUCAUCACUGCCAACCAAGUCAAGAGAUGGCCUUUAAAAGGAAAGUUGUCUGCCAGUAAGAUAAGCAUGAAGUAUGCCAUGUUGCACAAAAUUGGUGCUGCAAAUUGGGUUCCUACCAAUCAUAAAUCUACCAUUUCUACUGUCCUAGGAAGAUUUGUCUAUACCGUGGGAACAAAAGCCAAGUUUGAUUAUGGUACGUACAUAUUUGAGCAAACUAUGAAGCAUGCAGGAAGCUUCAGUAUAAAAGGUACUAUAGCUUUUCCAUCCCUCAUAUGUGGCAUUAUCCUGAAUCAAUACCCAGAAAUUUUGGUUGAAACUAACUCUAUAUGCAAAAGGGAAAGUGUUCUUUCAUUUCAUUAUAAGUUGUUCCAAGGAACCCAUGCUCCUGACAUUGUUAUGACAUCGACGGGAACAUCCAAAGACAGCACACCUACAGGUGCUGAGCUUGCUGAGAAUGAAGGAGGUCUUGCAAAAGAUGAUGAAGAAGAAGAGGCCAGUCAAGAUGAUGGAACAAAUGAAGAAGAUGAUGUUGGCUCCAGUAGCUCUGAGUCUGAGGACAAGAGUUUCUUUGGCAACAUUUCUAGCAUAAAGGGGGAGUAG